UCUCACAGACACCACUCACUCACUCUCUCAAGCCGCGUUACAUCACUGGAACCAUGGACGGGUUCUCGUGGAAACUUUUUCUACUUUCUUGCCUGGUUGUUGCGGAGAGCUCCGCGCAAGACUUCGGACAGACGCAGUUUAUUUGCACGUCGGUGCCCAAGGAUAUGGACCUGUGCACGGCCACGAUGCAGAACAGCGGGCCGGCGGAGGAUCUGAAGACCACGGUCAUGCAGCUGAGGGAGACCGUGCUGCAACAAAAGGAGACCAUUAUGAACCAAAAGGAGACAAUCAGGGAACUAACGUCCAAACUGAGCCGCUGCGAGAGCCAGAGCUUCCCGGUAGCGGCGGGACCCGGCGGGAAACGGCCGGGGUCGAAGAACACGAUGGGGGAUGUAUCCCGGGGCACCACUGACACUCUGGCCCAGCUGGGACAGACUUUACAGACGCUAAAACAGAGGCUGGAGAAUCUAGAGCAAUACAGCCGAGGGAACAGCACCGCGCAAGAGAACAGCCUGAAAAAUCUGCUACAAAACAAGAUAGACGAUAUGGAGAAGCAGGUUCUGUCCCGGGUCAACACGUUAGAAGAGACCAAACCGGGCUCCAGGAAUGACACCGAGCAGCGGAACAGAGUGGAGUCCACGCUCACCUCUCUGCACCAUCGGAUCACAGACCUGGAGAAAGGUAAAGACACCAGGCCAACAGAUAAGUUCCAGCUCACCUUCCCCCUGAGAACAAACUACAUGUACGCCAAAGCCAAGAGGAGCCUUCCUGAGAUGUACUCAUUCAGCGUGUGCCUGUGGAUCAAGUCCAACGCCUCUCCUGGGGUGGGGACACCCUUCUCCUACGCUGUCCCGGGUCAGGCCAACGAGCUGGUGCUGAUCGAGUGGGGGAACAACCCCAUGGAGAUUCUCAUCAACGAUAAGGUUGCAAAGCUGCCGUUUCUCAUCAAUGACGGAAAAUGGCAUCACCUUUGCAUCACAUGGACCACCCGUGACGGGAUGUGGGAAGCCUUCCAGGACGGAGUGAUGCGGGGAAAUGGUGAAAAUCUGGCACCAUACCACCCCAUCAAACCAGAGGGAGUGCUGGUCCUGGGACAAGAGCAGGACACAUUGGGAGGAGGCUUUGAUGCGACACAAGCUUUCGUUGGCGAGCUAGCAAACUUAAAUAUCUGGAAUAAGAAACUUUCUAUUACCGAGAUCUACAACUUGGCGACCUGCAACAGCAAAGCAUCGGCUGGCAACGUCUUCUCCUGGACGGAGAGCAACAUCGAAAUAUUUGGCGGAGCGACCAAAUGGACCUUUGAGCCUUGCCGUUCGCUCAACUGAACUGCAUUUCACUGUUCAAGAAAGGCCUCUCUGUAUUUCUGAGCUUUUGUCGUUCUUGUCUUCAUUUGACGUUUGUUAGAGACUAUUUGAGUUAUUGUUAAGCUUGAAUCUGGGAUUUCUAUCAUUCUUAGAUAUUUGUGUGCAAAACAACACUUUUCAUCUUGAGGGAAAAAAAAAUCGAAUUCGUCUUGGAAACCUCAGUGAGAAAGUAUUGGUAUCUAUUUUUUUUAUUGGACAUUGAGUUGAAAGCACACCUAAGCUUUUCGUUUGGCUUAUUUCAUCUUGGACCGGCAGCUGGCAAUCUGCGCCUUAUGUUUGGACAAUUCACAAUCCAAGUGAGGAAUUACAUAACCACCCCCGCCCCCUUCCCUCUGGAGAGUGGGAGAUUACGCUGUCCAUCCAAUUCUUGUCAGUGUUUGGCGCCGUGAAGUGAUGUCUGACGCG